CGCGAACUCUCGCCUCAGCCGCGACACUCCAGAGAUUCUCCAGGAAGCCCUCUCUAUAGCCACUGCUACCAGAGGAUAUAACGUAUUCUCGGUCAUGUACGGUAGCAAUCCGUUGCCUGUGGACGCCGAGGCCGCUAAGAGCGCAUGCAAGUCGAUUCAGCUGUAUGAAAGCCCGCCGGAGGUGCCGACGGUAGAUCUCCCGGAGUCUUUUGAGCUAGAAGAUGCGAAGACCCUUGACGGUGUGCCCGCAUUUAUUAUAUCUGCAGACUGCUGGGAUGCACCUCGCCUGCUAAAAGUGUAUCCUUUCGCCCAGGACCACGCGAUCAACGAGGCAGACGUGUCUUUUCGCGGUGUAUACGACGCUGAGGUCAACGCAUAUGCCUACCUCCUGCGUCAUGGCGGCUGCGCUAAAGAGGUCGUGCCGAUGUGCUUCGGUCGCGUCGCUCUGACCACGCCUCAGGUGGAACAGAUACUCACCAGAACUUCACUGUCAGAUGCAGCACGUACAACAUUACGCCAGGUCAGCACUUUAGGCGCGCUCCUCCUGGAACACAUUACAGACGGGCAGUUCUUCACGAUGGAGAACAUCACGAACGACCUAGCGAGCAGAGCGCUGCAAGCACUCUACGAGGUACACGUGUCCCUCGUCUGCCAUGGCGCGCUCAGCUGCAGAAAUGUCCUCUUUCUCGAGCGUAAGCUCCCGCCACUUCCCGACGAUCCGCAUUACGUUCUUGACGAGGCCACGAGCUGGACCGAAAUCGAAAUCGAGAGAGAAAAGCGCAGAAUACGCGUCGUCUGGUUCAACUUCGGUAAUGCCGUCUGGCCGGGGGCGUCGUCCGGGUUCAGCGCACUCGACCUCUUUCAGGAGCUUCGAUGCGGAUGGGAGUUGUUCUACCGGCAACUGCUUCCCGCGAAAAGAAUCGGUUAUGCACAGGCUUUCGAGUCCUAG